AUCUCUUAAUAAGUGAGUAUUCACUUUUGAAGAAGCAAUUAGAUCGCAUUAGGGAUUGAAGCCGCACCUUCUUGAUUGGCAGCCAAUUCACUUGAGUUGAAGCCCGCCCGCCAUUUAAGUGUUUUAUUCUAAAGAGCAAGAACUUCUUUUUCGUUUUCCUCACAACUACAAAGUUUUUCUUUUGUUUUCUCUCCUCUUCCCAUUCGUCUCUCUUUUCGCGCCCUUUCAUGCCGAGUCUUUCUUAUCAGCUUGACUUCUUGAGUCUCUUGAUUUAUUUCUCCUGUCUCAAUUUACUUUUUGAUUUCACUCCAAAAAGUUCUUUGACUUUGAGCAACACCAAGUUGGUACAUCUUGCGCAUUACCCUCACUUUCCACCAACUUUUACUUGACACAUAGCUAACGUUUUUUCCCCUUACAGAUCUCCAAGAAAAACUUGCAAUUCUUAAAUCUUAAAACAUGUCUUGGGAAGUUCCAGCUGGUGGUGGCGGAUGGGGAAGUAGCAAAGCUGUUGCUACCAGUGGCGGCGGUGGCGGUGAAUGGGACACUCCUGCGGCUGGCCCCUCUCAUCAACAUGGAGGUGAUGCCUUUAAUGAUGGUGCCGAAGCUGAGAACGGUUAUGGUUACGGUGGUAGGGAGGAAGCUGAAGGUGGUGGUGGUGGCUUCAGUGGUGCGUGCUUCAACUGUGGUCAAGAUGGGUACGUUUCAAUUCUUUCAGUUUUGAGAUACUCUGCUAACCCAUAUUUCAUCAGCCAUUCGAAGGCUGAAUGUCCGGAACCUCCAAAGCCACGCCCAUGCUUUAAUUGUGGCGAAGAAGGUCAUACAAAGGCCGAGUGCACCAAUCCAGCAGUUCCCCGUGAAUUUAGUGGCACUUGUCGCAUCUGCGAGCAACAAGGUCAUCGUGCAUCUGAUUGUCCAUCUGCUCCACCUAAGCUUUGUAACAACUGCAAGGAGGAAGGUAUAUCUAUAGCAACUAAUACCCAACAUUUCAUUCCCACUUAAGUUGACUUCAUAAUAGGCCAUUCAAUCCUCGAGUGCAAGAAUCCUCGCAAGAUCGAGCGCAACGAUGUCGAAGAUGUCGCAGCUGAAGUUGCUUGGGAAAAUUUGAUCAAGCAAUCUCAAGAAGGUGACUUCGAUGACAUGAAGGAUGAGGUUAUGAAGUACAUCAAAGCAUCACCAGAUGCUACCUAUGUGCAACUCGAAAAAGCUUUCCGUAGUCAGAGUAUUCCCAUCUAUCUUAUUGCAACGGAGAAGGAACUCACUCAGACCUUCACCAACAUGGACUUGCAAGGCAACCUGGACCAAAAGUACACUGUUUCUUGGCGCAAGUCAAGCAAGCAUACUCGUCCCAAGGAGAAGGAAAAUUGGCCAGCUACUCCAGAGGAAAACAUGGAACGCCUUGCCGAUGCUGGCGAACCUGUUGAUCGUGGUAUUCCUCUUUGUUCCCGCUGCAGCGAACUAGGACACAUCUCGAAGCACUGCACUCAGGAGGCAGGUGAGAGUGAACGUGUUCAGGUUCAGUGUUUCAACUGUAGUGAGAUGUAAGUUUUCCAGCAUUGAUAUUCCAUUAAGCACUAAUUGUGGAAUAGUGGUCAUCGUGUUCGCGAUUGCCCAAUUCCUCGUGAGGAUAAGUUCGCUUGUCGCAACUGCAAGAAGUCUGGUCAUAGUUCCAAGGAGUGUAAGCCUAACAAUAUUCUCGCAUUCUAUGCCGCAAGCUAACAUUGAAUUUAGGCCCAGAGCCACGUUCCGCUGAGGGUGUUGAAUGCAAGAAAUGCAAUGAGAGUAAGUUCGCCAAAGUUUCCGAAUUCUUUAAGUCUCACUAACAAAAUACAGUUGGCCAUUUCUCUCGUGACUGCCCUACCGGUGGUGGUGGCGAUGGAGGUGUUUGCAGAAACUGCAAUCAACCUGGCCAUCACUGUAAGUGGCAUAUCUAUCAGAAGCUGCUAGUUAUACUAAUUUUCUUGCUUACAGCCAAGGAGUGUACCAAUGAGCGAGUUAUCAUCUGUCGCAACUGUGAUGCGGAGGUUAGUUAGACACAUUUUAUCACGUGUAGUACAAGUUCAAACGGCUUACUGACUAUCAAUAGGGUCAUACCGGCAAGGAAUGUCCAAAGCCUCGUGACUAUUCUCGUGUUCAAUGCCAGAACUGUAAGCAGAGUAAGUUGAAACCCGUUUCCUUCAAAAUUCGGUUUCCACGAUGUAUUGAUACAAUUUAGUGGGCCACACGAAGGUUCGCUGCAAGGAGCCAAUUGUCGAAGACGACGCUGGCAAUGGUGGCGACUACGGCGGUGGCGAAGUAGCCGCGGAUGCUGGUGAUUAUGGCCACGGUGAUGUAGCUAACGAUGAGUACGCUCCUAUCGCUACUGCCGACGAUGAUAGCUGGGGUGGUGGCCGUGGCCAAGAGGUUACGUCCGGUGGUGGUUGGUAGAUGGCGAGUUUGCUCAGCCUCUCUUCUUUUCAUUUGCUUUCGAUUAUUCAUGGAUACUUGUACUCUUCAAGACAGGGAUACCAUCAAAAAAGGGGUGAGAAUACCAAAGCUGGGAUUAUAUGGUAAGAGAGAAAAGAGAAAAAAUAUUGCUGCGGUUUGGGAUUUUUAAGAUAAUUACUUAAGUACCUAGGCAUUUGAGAUAAAAUCGAGAGCUAGAUUCCAUCGUAAAGAAAUUGAGACUGCUUGAUGGUAACUUUGUUGUUGUGGUCAUCUUGGAAAGAUGUCCUCGUUUGGAUUCCUUCGGUGUCAUUGUCAACAUGACAUGAUACUAUUUUGAGUUUGGAUACUAAUAUUAGGAUUAAUAGGUAAUCAAAAGAGAACAGGUAAUACAAAAGUAACAUAAUUCACAAAAAAGAACACCUGGAUAGAACAAGUCAAUAAAUUGACAGAUAAAGUCAGUAUCAAAAAAAACGAGGUCCGAAGCCAUUUAGAAAAAGCUGAUCAUAAGGAAAUAUUAGAAUUCUUUUAUGAUAAUAGAUGUUGUAAUAAUGAAUGGAUAUAUGAACUAGAUAUUUAGGUAUUUUAGAGGUAAGAUUAUCUUCAGAUUACCUGAUAAGA